UGUAACCAGUUUCCGUUAGUUUUGUGACUCGGUAGGCGACUCCACAUUGGCCCUUGUGAAAUAUACCAGCUUGUCCGAUUUCCUGGCCUCGUUAAGUGUCCAUCUGUGCGGAAAAAAAGUGCCGAGUGUCCUAAGCAUGGAUUGGAAGUAAGAAUGCCAUAGGAAGGGGCAAGGCUAGGUUGUGGCGAGUGAAAAUGUGAAGGGGAGUGUCGUGGCGUAGAAGCACAAUUCCUAGAGCUGGACCGGAUGGUUGUCUCGAUAAGUCCCGUGGCAGUUGGUGUGAUGUCAUAAUCAUAGUUCAAGCGUAUGCUCUACCGUGAUGCAGCCUCUGUAACAAGGAGGGUGUCAUCUGUAACAAGGGGGUAGAAGGAGGGGUGAGCAGGGUCCUACCACACCGUACCAUCGCGGAGAAAUACAAAGCAAGCAAUUCGUUGAGGCUCGGAGAGUUGUCGUGAAGGCAGACACACACUGUCACCCACGAGACGGUGUUGGUAAAUGACCAGCCCAAUCCAGCACACUGCAGGCCCUUGUCCUCCUUUCCCACCCUUCUCCCACAUCGGCCACAAUCCUCCUUCCUUGAGGCUUCGUCAUCUCUCACACAGUCUGCACAUUUCCCAUCUUUGUCCAGGUAGCUUCCGAUCUCGUGUGCAGUGUUGCGUCUCGCGCCGCGCCGCUCAGCUGUUUGUUGACGUCGGCGGCCUUGUUGGGGGGAUGAGGGGCGGCGUUAUCAGAUGUGCGACAACUUUAAUUGAGUACGAUAAUCAAUUCAGAUUACGAGUACGACACUCGGACGGCGGCGACGACGGGGCCGGAGACGUGCAGGUGCAGGAGCAGCUGAGGCGGAGUGUGAACUGUGGAGUUGGCAGGAUGCGGCGCCCGUGUUCCCUGCUGCUGCUGCUGCUGGCGCUGGGCUGGACGGCCACGACCCACGCCCUACUGGAGCAAGGCGUCUGGCAUCUCACCUCCAGGCCUGGCCAUGAGUACGUGGGGGUGACCAAGAGCCUGUUCAAGGGAAGCCGCAUCAACAUAAAGGUGAUGUGUGACCCUGAGGACCCCAGCAGACCCCCCAACAUUACCAUCGCCUGGCUGCUCCGAAAGGCGCCGUGUUAUAACGAGUACUCCAUCACUAAGGACCAGGAGGAGAACUUCUACGCAUGGUACUUUAACAACCCACAGAAGCUCCCGUCAACCCUCAAUGGUACACGCUAUGAGACUGCCUUCCACAAGACCAGGCCCGUCACCUACCCAUGUGACCAUAACAUUGUGCUGAAUGAGGAGCCUUUAGACUCCAUGACUGGCGACAGUGGUGUGGCAGCAGCAGUGAGUCCACACACCCAGGCAGUGCGGCAGGUGGCGGCGGGAGAGGCCAAGGCAGCAGCAGCAGGAGGGGAGGACAAGCCAUACCUCUCCUCCUCGGACAUCAGCUCAGGGGGGCAGGCACGCACCAACCACCCAGUGACCGUGGUGACUAGUGAUGGUGUGUACCUCCUGGACAUACACAUCACCUCCUCUGAGCUUCUUGCGCCGAAUGCCUCCUACGUGGCAUACAUCGACAUCGAGAUAAGGAGUGACUAUGGUUACCUCUCGGCCGCCAACUGGCCUCUGCUCGGGUUCUAUGGAGCCAUGUGUGUGGUGUACGUGGUGUAUGGCUUCGUGUGGCUCAUCAUCUCUGCCAUGCGCUGGAGGGAGCUGCUUCGUGUGCAGUACUGGAUUGGGGCUGUCAUCUUCCUUGGAAUGCUGGAGAUGGCCAUGUUCACCGCCGAGUACAGCAGCCUCAACGUUCGGGGCUACAGCGUGUCAGGGCUUCUCAUUGCAGCCGAGCUGGUGUCCUGUGCCAAGCGUACGCUGGCCCGCAUGCUUGUCAUCAUCGUCUCCCUCGGCUUUGGAAUUGUCAAGCCGCGGCUUGGUGUGAUUUUGCAUCGUGUGGUGGGUGUGGGUCUCAUCUAUUUCGUCCUGGCCAGCAUUGAGGGCUGUACACGGGCACUCCAGCCUCGUAACAGCUCACAGAACCAGCUGUUGGCCUCACUACCGCUGUCCCUGCUAGAGUCUGCCAUCUGCUUCUGGAUCUUCACAGCCAUGGUGCAGACAACACGAACCCUUCGUCUGCGCCACAAUCUGGUCAAGCUCUCCCUCUACACACACUUCACCAACACCCUUGCUUUUGCCCUCAUUGCCUCCAUCAUCUUCAUGCUCUGGUCCAUCAGGUACCACCAGUUUGAGGAGUGUCUCACGGACUGGAAGGAGCUCUGGGUGGACGAGGCUUACUGGCACAUCCUGUUUGCCAUCCUGCUGCUGGUCAUUAUGAUUCUCUGGCGGCCCUCCAACAACAACCAGCGGUUCGCCUUCACGCCACUCCUGGACGAUGGCUCAGAUGCGGAUGAUGAGGAAGAGUCGGAGAAGUUGAUGGCAGACAUCUCGGACACCAUGAAGCAGAGGAACACUCGCACCUCCACCUCCUCCUCGCCCAGGGAGUCGCGCUCUGUGGAGGACGACUUGAAGUGGGUUGAGGAAAACAUCCCGUCUUCCUUUGUUGACCCUGUGCUGCCCAUUCUUGACUCUGAAGAGGAAAUUGUCACCACAAAGUUUGAGGUGUCCAAGAUGCAGUGAGCACAGCAACAGUUAACGGUGAAGUCCGGUGUUUUAGUUUUGUUGUUUGUGGCAUUUCUGUUUUGUUGAUAUGACAAGGUAGUGUUUUGGAUCUUCCUGUCCAUCAAGUUGUGUGUUAGCCUGGAGUGGGGGAAAAGUAGUUCCUUGAGGAUAUUAUACCUUGUGUGUACAAGAGAGAGCGUGUGUUUAUUGGUUGAUUCUCAUCAAAUUAAUGCAAAUAUGAACCUUUGUAUGUGUGUGUGGGGGGGAGGGGUGUGUGCAUGAAUAUGUGUGUGCAUGUGUGUGUGUAUGUGUGUGUGUAGCAUGUACAUAGUACAUCUAAUGAAAUAAUGUGACAAGUUGUUACUUGGUGUGCUGCUUAUGUGCUUAAUGAAUUUAUCAAGUAGAAAAAGUGGGAAUGAGACAAGAUAGCUAUAAUAAAUAUUUAUUAUGGGAGAGGAGUCUUCUCUGUACUGUAGCUGAAAAUGCAAAGUUGCACUAAAAGUGUUAACUCAAGAUUCUCAGCGUGGGGUACUUUGUGUUGCUGAUGCGCAAAUGGUGUAUAAUUAGUUCUUUUGAAUGUUUUUAAAUAUCCUUUGUUUAGUGAAGAGUAUUACUGACCAGGAAAAUAUCUGGUGUGGUGUAUUUACAUUAUUUCUUCUAUUCACAUAGUAUUUAUAUGGCAGUGGAGUUAAUCAUUAGUCUUUUUUCCUACAGAAAUUUCAUGUAAUAUAGUAUUGUGUAAUUUCAGUAAAGUAGAAUUCAAUUUUCUUGUAAUUAUAUUUUUAUAGUUCAUAGAAAUAUCUGUAGUGGCUCUAUAUUUUUGCUCUACAUUUGUUGUGUAUAUUCAAUAUGCUUUGAUUGGAUUCACAGUUGAGUGUACAUGGCAGGAGCUGGGCAAAGCAUUGGGGUAAGGGUAGAAUGUGUUUUGUUAUGUCAUUGGCAGCAGAGAAGUAAGUAAUGUUUCCUUCUCAUACUCACACACAUGAGCAGGUGAGGGGCUGACUAAGUAUACAGACAGCUAUCUAAUGUUGCCUCAUCAGAAAAAUGGGUUUAGUAGUGACCUGAAAGUUCAGGUCUUAUGAAGCACAUACUUUCUGGUAUGUCUGCCACACCUGACUACAAUUUUUUACUUAAAAAACUCUUUGGUUUGUUAAAAAUUACCAUUGCUUCCAACAAUAAUAAUUUAGUAAUCUUUAAAAUGCACCCAUGUAUGAUGAUAUAGCCCAAGGUGACACUUCAGAUCAAAGUGGUCAUAGACCUUCUCUUGUCAUUUACUAAAACAGUUGAUUAUUUGAAUGUCUGAAUGGAUGAAAACAGUCCCUACUAAUGAGGAAUUGUCUGUAAUUCACUAAUAUUAUAAGAGUAGGAGUGGACAGUGCAUAGAGAUUAUUAUAACCUCUUUGCCUUACUCCCAGUAGAGGUCAUGGUGAGUAGAUCAACAUUUGGCAGUGAAUCAUCUCGUUACAUUGCCAUGAUAGUGAUGAGCCAGCAAGCCCUUAGGCCACGGCCACACAGGGAGCAAGAAAGCGAGCGAGAAACUUUAAUACAUUAUAAACAAUGGAGGUGGCCACACUGGCAGCGAGCAGAUAAUGACGAGAAAACUUUUCUCGCGCAAGAUCGCUCGGUCAGAAUGAGGGACAUCACAGACAUGCUUCUAUAUUAUUUGCCGUAACUCACCUCAUACAUUAGAUAGGGCAUUUUGGUUGACACAUUAGACACAGCAGUGAUUGCAGCACUUAACCCCUUCAACACGAGGACACAUACUGCGUCCUUGCGUGCCUUGUACCAUAUCCGAGGAUGCGCAUACUGUGUACUGGCUCACUUUUGCCAAUAUUCAAGUUAUUUUAUCUUUAUUUAUGCUUACAUCUCAAAAUUAUCAAUUAAUUUAUGUUUCUUUAUGUGCACCAUUUAAUUCUGCAUGUUUUCAUAUAUAAUACAUGAUGAUUAUAUUGAAUUUAUGGCUGAAAAUUUGUUAUAUUCAAAAGCGACAUUUGAAAUCUGGCGCACGCGGCAAUCCUGGAUACGGCAUGGGGCACUGUUUUGGCCCAGCCGUAGUGAGUUUCUUUAGUGCACCAUUUAAUUCUGCAUGUAUUCAUAUAUACUACAUGAUGAUUAUGUUGAGUUUAUGGCUGAAAAUUUGUUAUAUUCAAUUGCGACAUUUGAAAUUUGCCGCGCGUGGCAAUCCCGGAUACGGCGCGGGGUGUUGUUUUGGCCCAGCAGUAGUGAAGGGGUUAAGUUUGUUUUACGUUGUUGCCUAUUGCGCCGGUAGGCAUCCUCCCGGUGGGGCCUGAUGGUCGGCCCAAGGCUUCUUCCAGGUGGGGCCUGAUGGUCGGCCCAGCCCGUUCUGGCGCAGGCGCGUGUUUAUAGUGGCGCCAUCUUGCAUUGGCUCAUGCUGCCCCCCAGAACUCGUUCUUGAUUCGCUUGGACGGCUUCCUCUAGAGUCCGGGUUGAUGGGUGGUCUUCAGGACAGCAUGUGGGUAGUUUUAAGCCACUCGGCGGUGACUGAAAAAUCCGAGUGAUAGCGUGAGGAUUCGAACCCGCGUCGUCCAUCACGUGGCGAAUAUGGGUCCAGUACGCUAUCACUUCGGCCACCGCCUACCCCUUAAGUAUGUUUGUGAACUCAAUAAAAACAAAAACUAAAUAAAUAGUGACGAGUUGGAGUUAAAGAAUCACUCCGUAAUGUUUAUAACACAUUUUACAUAUAGCUACCAUUUGCAGCGGCUAUGAAAUUAGUACUAAAAUAAACAAUUCCAUCUUAUAGAGAAAAGCCUCCUGAACACGAUGGUGUAUACAGAUUUUUCAUAAAACGCCAAAUAAGUGAAGCACGGAACUAUUUAUAGAAACCUUUCACCCCAUCCCUUGUGUGUGCCCACGGGGGUUGGUGCGAGGGGUGUGUAUAGUGUUAGCUCUGCGGGUCGCAUUGCUAUGACAACCCUCGCCUCGCUCUUCGUGUGGCCACAGAAACUCGCCUUGACGCUCUUGCUCGCUUUCUCGCUCCCUGUGUGGCUGCGGCCUUACUUUGUGUGUGUGUGUGUGUGUCACUAUGCAUCAGUGUUUGUGAGUGGUGUGUGGCAAAGCAUCUGUGACACCCAGCACUAUUACUGUGUUCUUCCAUGAAUGCAUUGUGUCCUUUGAUAGACACCUCAGAUUUCCAUAGCCUUUAUGCACAUGAAAGUUGUGCAGUGUUCUGUCACAACAAAGUCGCAGGUACCGGCUGGCCAUUCUGAUAUCAAUGUAAUAUUACAGAAGCAUGGCAUCAUUUCCUGUUGCAUAUAAUAGUAAACUCAUUAACUGGAAAAGUCAGGUUCUCAGCUUCUAGCUGUGCAAGUUGUGUGAAAAAUUUGCUGCAGAACUUGCAGGAUGUCCUAAGGAGUGUGAUGAAGUGUUCAGUAUCUUCUCCAGUAACAUUCCCUUUAUGGAUUGUGGAACGUGAUUUUGCAUCAAACAUGGAGGCUUAGAGUUCAUAUAGUUGUACUUUAGGUCACCAUAUAACAUUUUUCCUCAUCAAGAACUUCAUGUAAUAAUGUAGUGAUUCAAUAACUUAAAGCCAAAGGAUGUUGCUUGCAAUGCUUCUUCAGUGUGAAGUGCUUAACUAUUACUCUCAAUCUUCAUCCAUGAAAUCUUAUUCUCUAACUUCCCUUCUGCCAGUGUAUGAGGAUAUGCAUGGCCAGGCUUUCAUGUUCACCCAAGAGCCCCAUAAUCAAAGUGGUGGCUUCAAUGAAUAGGAAGAGAACUGUUGCACAUCAUUUAUUGUGGCAUGUAUCCACAGCCUGUUCAAGGAGCAAGCUGGGUGGUGCAGCAGUAGAGGCCUUGACUCCUGAUAUUUGUGUUGCUCAGUUAGAUAAUCUGUUCUUUCCUGUGACCCUGGCUUGGCUCUAUGAUAUCAACUGGUUUCCCCAUGGAAAGCCCUUUUUUUUCCACUUAGCUGGUAAGCAUGACUGUGCAGCAGGUAAAUUCUCACUACAUGAAGUGGAGUGACUCAGUGGUGGCACCAAGAAACCACAUUGGGAGAGGCUUGGGGAUGGCAGUUUAAAGGGAAGAGGAGAUUCAUCUGGCUUUGAGGCAGCAUUAAGUUAGGUUUCUAGUAAUUUUAGGGUGUUAUUGGAGGACCUGAGCAAAGUGCAGUUUUUGGUUUUUGUCCUUUCUUUCCUCUGGUGUUGCUUCUAACAUUCUGCAUGUUAGUGGGUUUGCUGGGUGAACACAAGAAAAUUUGUACCAUUGAGUUAUGUCAUAUAUACAGGGCAUCUAUAUAUAUGUUGAAGAAACUACAAGAGGAACAAGUAUCUGUAAAUAAAGUUUUUAUGCAAUUAUGUAAAAAAACUUUGUUAAAAGUUUAGAUAGCAUUUACUUUGUACAUAUAAUUUACAAGCAAAUCCAUGUUUGUGUGGCA